CCGAGCCAGGAUGGGCUACGCCGACCCCUCGGCGAACCGGGAUCUGCUCGGGAAUCGAACUUUGUUUUUCAUCUUCAUCUGCGCCUUUGCCGUGGUGACCUUGCUGCAACAGAUCCUAUAUGGCCGAAACUACAUCAGGAGAGGCCUGCAGUUUAGCUGGCACAGUGGGGAGGAGAUGGCCAACUGGACCAACGGGCCCUCUAAUGUCACGGAAGACAGAGCACUGCAGAGCAGCGGUGACACCAGCACCAGGUACUUCGAAUUUUAUGAGGGGCCUUUUGAAUAUAACUCCACCAGAUGCCUGGAACUUCGCCAUGAAAUUCUGGAGGUGAAGGUGCUGUCUAUGGUGAAGCAAUCAGAGCUGUUUGACAGGUGGAAGAGUCUCCAGAUGUGCAAAUGGGCGAUGAAUAUCUCAGAAGCUAACCAGUUCAAGUCCACUCUUUCCAGGUGCUGUAAUGCUCCUUCCUUUCUCUUCACCACCCAGAAAAACACCCCUCUGGGCACAAAACUCAAGUAUGAGGUAGACACGAGCGGCAUCUACCACAUCAACCAGGAAAUCUUUCGAAUGUUUCCCAAGGACAUGCCAUAUAAUCGCUCUCAGUUUAAGAAGUGCGCAGUUGUGGGGAAUGGAGGCAUCCUGAAGAACAGCCGGUGUGGGAGAGAGAUUGAUAGCGCAGACUUCGUGUUCCGGUGUAACCUACCCCCAAUCUCAGAGAAGUACACCGGGGAUGUUGGGGCAAAGACUGAUGUUGUGACUGUGAAUCCUAGCAUCAUAACAGAGAGGUUCCACAAGCUGGAGAAGUGGAGACGACCUUUCUACCAGGUGUUGCAGGUCUACGAGAAUGCCUCUGUGCUUCUUCCGGCUUUCUACAAUACCCGCAACACGGACGUCUCGAUCCGCGUUAAGUACGUGCUGGAUGACUUUGAGUCCCCGCAGGCGGUCUACUAUUUUCAUCCUCAGUACUUGAUCAACGUGUCCCGCUACUGGCUCAACCUUGGGGUGCGGGCCAAGCGCAUCAGCACCGGCCUCAUCCUGGUGACAGCGGCCCUGGAGCUCUGCGAGGAGGUCCACUUGUUUGGCUUCUGGGCUUUUCCCAUGAACCCCUCGGGGCUCUUCAUCACCCACCACUACUACGACAACGUGAAGCCGCGCCCCGGCUUCCACGCCAUGCCCUCCGAGAUCUUCAACUUUCUCCACCUGCACAGCCGGGGCAUCCUCCGUGUCCACACAGGCACCUGCAAGUGCUGCUAACGAGGCGGGCAGCCGGCCGGCCUGUCUCUCCAGCCCUUUCCUCUCUUUUUUCCUUGCAGCAUCAGCGGACAGCAGGCAAACGUGCUUGGAGUAGAGGGCCAUAUCCGGCUUUUUAUGCAAUAGUUUUUGAAGAAUGGGGCUUCCUAUCUCCUGUAUUCUGGGGUGGGUUGGGUGGGAAGAAGAUGGGGGAAAUGGGGUAAAGUCACUCCUAUCGAUGGGUGUUGUCCCUCCUUAUCCUCUGCCCAAGGGGUAAGUCGCAUUGGCAGAGCCAGGAGGGGAGCCCUGGAAAUAUCAAUGAAUAAGCACAUUGCUGCUAAAUUUCAGCAACUGAGUGAGCACAAGCUGUCACGGCUAUUUCACAGCUUCAGAAAAUCACUGAAGAGCUAGCAAUGGUGGAGGAGUAAGGACUUUGAUUUUUAACAUGGUUUGCUUUCCGGAAUUUCACCAUGGGCUUUUAGUGACUUUUCCGUGUUGAUCACACAGCCAUAGAAUAUCAUUGCUGAACUGGAUCUUGGAGACCAUCUGGUCCAACUGUCUCUUUUUACAGAGGCAGAAACUGAAGUCUAGAGAAGGUGAACUUGAUCAAGGUCACCCACCCCAACUGACUUCACUCUUUUGCCAUAGUAGGGUCUGGUCCAGGGCUCUUUGACUAAGUGGGUAUUUUUUGUUGUUUGUUUGUUUGUUUUUAGAACUAAAAAAAUCUUUAUUUUCUUCUCAGUGCCUACAGGCUUAACUUUGGGUUUGAAACUUUGAGAAAGGAAAUAAGCCAGAUCAGCCAACUAAACUAAGAUGUCCAAGGCCAGUGUUACAAACUCAUUAAGAGCAUAGCAGCUCAUUUUCUCAUCUGCCUUCUUGUUCUUAGCUACAUUUCAGCCAGGGGAUAUUUAUUAGAUAUAUCUGGAUGCCUUGGAGGGUCAACACCACCCUAAAGUGAACAAUUUAAUGCCUCUACAUAGUAAAAAGCCUGACCUAAUGUGAGCUGCCUUGAUGGGAAGAGUUGGUCCUGUCCAUCAGACACCAGCAUUAAUUUCUUCUAUUGGGUGUUAAAGGAUGAGGAAGAAAUCCUAAAGACCGGUUCCUCCCUCUUUCAGAUUGAUGAUCUUCAGGACACAGGCCCAGAGGGUCUAAGCUGUGGAUGGGUCUAAGCCUGGUAGAAGUUAGCUAUGCUUGUAUCUAGUCUAGACUAUGUGAAUAUGAUGUUGCCUCCUGCCUGUGACUUGUACCAUUUCUCCCUCCUCCCUGCCCCUUAUCCUGCCUUUGGGGUUCCUGUGUAUUGAAUAGACUUUUAAUCAAUUGCCUUAGGACUUAGGUAUCCCAUCAGAGACUUGUAGAAUGUCAGAUCGGGAGGGGACAUUAGAGCUCAUCUGGUCUGACCCCCUUAGUUAACUGACAGAGGAAUCAACUUGAGUCCCAGAGAGGGGGAGUGAUUUCCUCAGUGUCACGUAACUGGUAAGUGGUGGGCUCUAGGUUUGAAUCCAUCUCUCCCGCUCUGCUUGGUGAAGCCUCUGGCCAUUCUUGCCCUACAUGUGUCCUUUCUGGCCAAGUUUAAAUUCUGCAUCCCAGAGAAGAAUUUUCAGAGAAAUCUCCCCUCUAUCCUGGCUGACCUUGAAAUACUUUUGCCCUAUAUUCUGCAGAGUGGGCUGCUGCUCCUUCUUUCACGAGACUCAGAUAUCGCACCUGCUCUAUGAACAAUAUUCGUGCCAAGAAUACAAAAAGAUAAUAAGGCCUUGCAUUGGUACAGAGAUUUAUAUUUAUCAAAGUGCUUUCACAUCUCUUCAGGGCUGCCCCUAGAAUACAAAGAACUGGCAUGAUGGCUCUGGGGUCUGGGCUAUGGGAGCCUCACAUGGCUACUGGGAGCAGGUGGUUGGGCAGUGUUUCAGGGAGGCACCCAGUAGGGGAGAAAGCUUUGGCCAACCUUGCCAUCUGGUGCUUUAAAAGACCUGAGACUCCUAAUCAUCCCACCCACCUAUGAAACCCCCCAUCCAGGACUGGAGUGGGCUAGGACUGGAUGCCUAUCCCCAGGCCUCCCUUAGGCUACAUGGCUUCUUUUUUUGACAUUUCUUAUCCCUUUUCUCUUUUACAGUCCCCUUGAGGGCUACUAACUUGAUUUCACCUGUAUAUAAAUACUGGGAGAAGGGAAAGUCUAUACAUAUGAUUUACCUGAGACCACAUCCAUUUAGAGAUAUAGCUCCUCUGUUCAUUGUCUUUGUUAGUGCAGCAGUGUUGUGAGUUAGGUGUAGCAGGUAUUAUUGUUCUUGUUUGACAGAUGAGGAAACUGAGGCAAAGUAACUUCCUCAAUCCUGAUUGCAUUUCUUCAACAGGGUAUGAUUGGAACAGGAUGAUGGUAACUUCGUUUGGAAUUCUGGGGAUCUGAGUUGCCACUAAGAGUUGAUUAGGGUCAAGGAUAGGUGGUCAGGGCAGGGGAUGAGACACAUAGUUCUUCUGCUCACCUGCAUAUGAUGGCAGUUUUGCUUUAGAAAGAAAUGGCAUGACUAAGGAUUUGGAGGCAUUGAGCACAAUCCAAAUAGUGUGAUCACAGGCAGAUGGGAAUCAGAUUCUAUUUGUAUCAUGCUAGAUAAUAAAGGUAUUAAGAAAGAUAGGUAGGAAAGGGUUUGACCGCUGUUUAGCUUUGAGGGUACAGUACCAAGUGAGCCACCUAUAGGACAUAAACUUCCAAUUGUUUUCCUCCUCCAGUAGUGGGAAAUGGGUCUACACUGAACUAUCCACUUAUGACCAGUGGCGCACUCUUGUGUGAUGGUGAGCCUGGAUUUGGGGUCCAUCUACGAUCAAGGUUGGAGACAGUUUGUGACCUCUGGGUAUGAGUGCAGUCUGGAUGGAGCUGGAGGUAGUCAGAAGUGAGAGGUUUGCAUUUGUCAUCACAAAGGAGGUUUAGAUAAGAGCAAGGCUAGUUGCAGCUUCCUAGACAGGUCACUUCUAAUAGUUGCUCCCAAGUGAACAGCUGUACCAGGUUUUACUUUCAGAGGCCCAGGGACCUGGCUUGCCCUGCCCUGAUCCUAAAAUCAGCAAGACUGAGCACAAUGGGGCUUUUUAGACUUUUCUAUUCCCUCCCCACUUUAUUUAAAUAAUAGCAACAAUAUUAACCGUUGGGUGAUUGAGAGGCACUCUGGGGCCUCUCGGAUAGAGAAUUGACUUUAAAAUCAAGAAGACUUGGCUUCAAGAACAUGCUGGUUGUGUGAUCAUGGGCAAGUUAUUUAACAUUUUAAUACUCUAAAUUAGGAAAUAGUGCUGAUCUGCACUGGGAGAAAUUCCCUUUGCCAGUGAAAGCAAAGUUCCAGACCCCCUUCUCCCCCAGUGAUAAUGACUAAGGUUUACAUAAUGAACAGAAGCCAUUAUAUUAAACAAAAACUUUUAAAAGAACUUCUGGGUCUAGUAAGUUUGGUGGAGUUUCACAACUUGAAGUUAUCAGCAACUGUUCUGUCUUUUUCACUCUAAGGAGAGCCUCCAGCUUUCUCCUACUCAAGUUUCAAGAAACCCAAAGCCCAGGGCUCCUAGCCAGUCUCUAGCCUUCUGGUAUGCUGCUGCUAUUGGGGCUGCAUUGCAGAUUUGCUCUGACCUAGCCUUCACACAUCCUGCUAGCAUGCACUCACUCUGUCCUCAGAAGGAAGGAGAAUGUCACGCUGGUCUCAGCACUCUUUAGACAUCUUUUCCUGUACCCACUUCAUUGUACCUCUUCCUCUAAAGAAAACUGAAGGGGAAGACAACAAUGGAAAGAAGUAGGGGGCAGUGACUCAGGUCUUGGUGCCAAUUCAUUGGCGAUCUUUUUGUUCUCCCAACGAAGGGUCCUCUUUUAGGUACCAGCCCAGAGUCUCAACAAGGACCAAUCUGGAAGGCUCUGGAUCUAUUAGAGGAAAAACCUCAAGUGGUGUGACCUGGAGUCCAUCUAUGAGGGUUGUUCCUUUUCUGAUUAGAGACACUUUGCUUAGCAGUCUGUACCAUGGAACAGUUUCUCCAGAGAAACUGAUCCAGUGCUUACCACAGUGCCUGGCACUUAGUGGGUGCUUAUAAACGUUUAUUGACUGAUCCACACAGGAUAAAACUUGGGACCUGGGCUUCAUCAGUAUGCUGUUUGGAACCAUUGCUCUAUCUUCUUGCUAAAGGAACAACAACAUUCAUUUAGACACCUGCUAUGUGCUGGGCACUGUACCAGGCACUGAGGAUGCAAAUAGAAAAGUGAAGCAAUACCUGCUCUCAAGUUGUUUAUAGACUUUUGGAUAAAAGGCUAUAUUUUCAGUCCUGAAGACCCAUUUGGUUAGUUGCUGCUCAAUUGGUCUGGGUCUAGGGGAUCAUUGUGUGACUGACUCAUGUUGGAGGUUACUCUAGGGCUAGGGUUAGGUGACUCAGUCUAAUUGUACCCGAUUUAUUGUUUGUUGGGUUAAAAAAAAUAAUUCCUGUAGUUGGAACUUUCCGGUUGUUAAAAAAAAAACCCAAACCACUUGCUUUAUGUUAGGCUUAAUUCCCCUGGAGCUGGAGAGGCACCUUCAUCCUUCCAAGUGCUUGUCAGAAAGAAUGUGGGCUCUCUUGUGGGCUGUCUUCACAAGAAUUUCCAUUCCCCAAGGGAGACAGGAGACUAGCUCAUCAUCUUCACCUGGACAAUUAUAGGACACUAGGAUUUAGAGCAGGAAGGAAACUUAGCUAUCACAUAAUCCAAUCCCUUCAUUUCGCAGAUAAGAGAACAGGGGUUCAGAGAGGUCACUCAACUAGCUGGUGGCAGAACUUGAAUUCAAAUCCCUUCAAAAUCCAGUGCCCCUUCCACAGCACCUCACCAUCAAUUCCUUCAUUCUCUGGGCAUCCAUUCUCCUUUAGGCCAAGGCCUCGGCUUUGUGUGCAUCUCAGAGCAAGUAUGAGUGGAAAGUUUGUAAACCCAUUAAAAGCUCUGUUAGCAGUUUAUUACUGAACUCCCAGUGCUCCAUCAUGGGGUUCUGAAAAGGUAUCAGGAAUGAGAGAGGAUUCAGAAGGCAGAGUUGAGACUGAAGAGAUGAGAGCUUGCUAGGGUAUUGAAAGUAAAGAGACAGUAUAUAUGUGUGUGUGUGUAUUUUAGUGACACUGAGAUGUGAAAGUUAAUUGCCAAUGAAUUAUCUUGAAGGCUGUCUUAUUUUAGUGAGGCUAUUCUUUUAUUCCUCUUUGCAUGCUAGAUAUUUCCUGAGAUGUGGUACGUAAAUUGAUUUUUUUUUGGUCAAUCAAAUACUAUUUUAAGUGUACCAGGUGAGUCACUUGGUGCUUAAAUGAACACUUUCCACCCCUUACCUAAUAUUUAGUAAAACAAAAGAUUCUUUCUCUUUCAAGUGAAUAAUCUGAACUACCCCUUCUCUCUCCCCUGUUCUUAAAUUGUUCUUUAUGCAAAUGAUGGCAUUCUUGGGCUUUGCUCUAAGUGCUUAUGCUGGUACAGCAAAUGGAUCUUCAUACAUGAGGAGAAAUAGAAUAUGAAGGAAAUACUGAGUCACCUCACUUGGUUCAUUCAAGUUGAGUGAAUGGGGGUGAGUCAUGGAGAGUGGUAUUUAAUUUCUAAAUCAGCAAGGUGAAUGAUUUACAUGAAAUGAAGCCCAAGACCUAGGAGAGGGAAUUGGAGCCCCCAGUUUCUCCAGAUCUUCUCUUUCUCUACAGAUACUGUGCUCUUUCCACCUUUUGACAGCCUCCAUGGGAUUUUCAUCUGGGUUUGUGUAUCUGUCAGGAGCCCUGCAGUUUAGGACAUUUAGCCUUCCCCAUACCAAAUUUCCAUGAUGCCAGUUUGAGAUUCCUAGGAGGUCCCAUGUCACUGCUAUUCCCUUCCUUUCAUAGACUCAGAAAUUUGCAUUUGUUUAGAUAUUGUCUCUACUAAUUCAGAUUGUAAACAUUCUAAGCCUUUUUAUGCUUCCCAGUGAUUUUCCUUGUCCUUCUCCAAAUUGUUGAAAGAGAAUCACCUAAUGGUCUGAAGGCCUUCAUCUGGGGCUCUUCCUUAAGUUGCCCAUUGGUUUUCCUUUGCUUUCUCCCACAUGUUUAGCUUACCUGCUUUUCCAGUCAAACAUGUCCUUCAUCAUAGCCUUGGCAAUCCUUUGGAUCAUAAACCUAGAGAUGGAAAUGGCCCUGGAAACAUCAUUUUCAACUCAUUCAUUUUUGCAAAUGAGGAACUGAGGUAUAGAGGGAUUAGAUGACUUGCCCAUGGUCACACAGCUAAUAAAUCUGAGGCAAGACUUGAACCUAGAUCUUGGUUCCAAGUCUAGUGCCCUAUAAAUUACAAAUUAUUGGAGAUAUGUCACAGUAUACUUUUACCUACAGAUGCCUCUUCCUAUUUUCCACUUAGAUGGCCUGAAAUUUUGAUUUUUUAAAAAAUCAGUUGUGGUACUUUCUGAUGUUUGGUCAAAUAGCAUGUCUAGUAUUCAGGGAAGAAACUCAGUAGAUUCUCUGUGUCUAGAAUAUAUUCCCUGAAGUCAGUGAGCUAACAAUUCAUCUAAGGCUUCUCAAAUGCUUCCAGGGUCCAAACUUUCUAAUCCUAUUAAUGUUAAAAAAAAAGAAGACAACCAGGCAGUAGUUCCUUAAAGGGCCAACUUUAAGCCCAGUGAAGGACAAAUAGCAUUGCAUUAUUUUGAAGCUUCAAAAGACCUGUGAUUUUCUUGGUGUAGGUGCUCCAUCCACCAGUAUAAAUCACAACCCUUCCAUGCCUAGUAGGCAGUCUUCAUAAGUUUGUGAGGGGCCAAAAGAUUUCAUCACCUGAUGGGUAACCUUGUGAUUAAUGACCCCUACAAACAAGCCAAGCUUCAAACAAUAGACAUAACAUUUAUUACCAGAUUAGUAUUCAAGUCUUUUUCGGUUUGGAAAAGAUCAGUCAUAGCGUUUACUUUGCUGGCAAAGCAUCCAGAAACCAAGGUUACUUCUGUGGAAUCAGAGAAAAGCCAGCAAAGGAGGAGUCCCUCAGGUCAAAGCAAUUUUUUUUAAAUUUAAAUUUUUUAUUUUUUACUACUACUUUCCCCCUUUUCCUACAGGAACCUCCACAGGCUUCCUUGCUUUUGGGAUAAUGAUAAAUUUCUUUCAACUUCCAGCAUACCCCUGGCAGCUAGUAGCAUGCCUUCUAGAUUACUCUGGAGGGUUGCUUAGCAAUACUGGAGUAACAGGGUAGAGCUGAUCAUUUUGUCCUCUCUUUUUAUAUCCUAAUCGUUGCUGUCUUCACAUCUUCAUCACCACAGUCUUUUACAUGCAUAUAGUACUUUAUGCUUCUCAAAUCCCAAAUAAUCCUUAUUUGAUGCUCACUAUACUGUAUAGUCGGGAAAAGGUAUCAUUUCCCUCAUUUUACACAUGAGAAAACUGAAGCAUAGGCUAGCUAAGUGAUUUGAGCAAGGAUACACAAAAUAAGACAAAUAUUUACUCAUCAACAAUUUAUUUAUUGCCUACUAAAUGUAAGAUACUGCUACAGAUGUCAGGAAACAACAGAGAUAGAAAAGACACUGUUACUGCUUUCAUGGACAUUAUGGUUUAGGGCAAGGGACCUAGGGGCAGUGGUAAUGAUGGUCCUGAAGGGACAGCUCCCAAUGAUUUCUCUUGCAUGUCUGUCUUGAGCCAGUAAUCUCUUCAACCUUCUCCCAGCUUGGGGCCCUAGUAAAACAGGAAUGUGGAUAGGCUGGGCCAUCGAAUUCUCACAGAAUAGAAUAGAAACAUUAAAAAGGAAAUAGUACAAAGGCAUGUAAGAUAGAUGCAAAUGAUUAGGGCACAAAGGUGGGAAAGGUUCCCAUGAGCUAAUCUGAUCAUUUAUUAAAAAAUAUUUAUUGAGGGCUCAAUACUCAAGUGCAGAGUUAAGGAAGACCACUGAGGAGUUAGGGCUUGAGCUAGCAUGUGAAGAAGUGGUAGGAUUUGGAAAAAAGAAGGGAUGAUAUUUUACAUGGGAGAAAUAGCAUGAGCAAAUGAAUAAAUGCCCAGAGGCAGGAGUAAGCAUGAUAUCCAGGUAACUAGUCUGGCAACAGCAUAGGCUAUCUAUAGUAGGAGGAAUGGGAGUCAAUAGCAGAGCUGAGACUAUAACUCAGGGUUCUCAACUCUCAGUUCAUACACUCUGCCCACAACUGUAUGUAAGCUGAAAGCAUAAAGGUUGGAAUUGAUACAUUAAACAGAAAUGGGACAUUGGACCUCAUGAGGUAAAAUCCCUUACCUUCUAUGUAUGUUGCUCCCUCACAGACUGGCAUAGAAAUAAGCCACUAUGAGAACUUGGUUCCUACCUCAACCCCUUCUUGCACUGAUCCCAGGUUUCUCUCCCUCAGGGAAUGGAUCCUCAUCCCAGCCAUGAGGAUGCUCCAGUAGGUACUUAGCUGGAUCUGGUGUUUCAAAGUUCUGCUUUCAGUCCUUCUAGCACUACGGUUCUAAUGGAAGAUUUUUGAUGCAUUACAAGGAAACUACAAUCUGGCAAUUUGAAAUUGUUGGGAACACUUAUAAGAACCCAGAAACAAAUGAAAAAAUGGCCUCUCCAUGUUUGAGUCUCACUGAGGAGAGCCCUUCACUAAAAUAUAGGGCAGCAAAAUUAUAGAUAUCAAUUGAUCCCUGUGAUAGAAAGACAAGGUUAAAUCAUAUCCUUUAUCUUCUGUUUAAGAAGACAAAGAUGUAGUAAUCCAUUUUAGAGAGAUUUUCUUCUAAAAUAUUCACAAUAAAGAAAAAAGUUUUAAUGUUUAGAGGACAUAUUUCAUUCAUACAUGAAAUCGUUUUUGUAAAGUAGUGGUUGAUUCCUGCUCUUGCACUCUUCUCCUGAGAAUCAGCCCUUAGAAAUGAGAGGGUUUUAGUUGUCUCUUUGCCAAGAGGGAGAGAGCAUAUUCUCAUUUUAGCUACUCGAACUUCCUUCAGGGAAGAUUCUGUGCUGAAAAAGUACUGGUGCUAGGGCAUAUUCUCUCCUCCUCCUCCUCUUCUUCCAACUCUGUUCCCAAUGUUAGCCCGAACUUAUGCUGGGUUUAAGUGGAAGAAACACUUAGCAGCCAAGCUGGCUUCCAAGACUGGCCCUCUUAUCUGAGGAGUGCUUAUCAAUUGAAUAAUAGCAAUUCCUUAUAUUUAUGUCAAUAGCCUUUUACAUUUUUUAUUUCCAGUAUCUCAUCUAAACUUCACAAUAUGCCAGUGAGGUAGGAAGGUAUGCAUUGUUCUCAUUUUAUAGGCAGAUUCUCCAGUCAUAGAUUAAGAUCUGGAAGGAAAGUUAGAAGUAAAGUCUCAUCCCUUCAUUUUAUAGAUGAGAAGCCAAGACUAGUCCUCUGACUCCUACUGUCUAGUUCAAAGCUCUUUUUACUAUGCCAUGCUGGUCCUCCAGCAGACUCCUUCCAUUGUAACUUGAGACCACCAAAGCUCCAUUUGCUUUGCCAAAACCAUGGGACAUGGUCUUGGUGUCAGAGUGAACAGGCUCAUUUUGCUGAAUGAAUUGAUGUCUUUUGCUUAUGGAGAAGAGUGCAGCUGGAAUCCAUUUUAGAAAAGUAAAUUCCCCAAGGGCAGAUAAAAAUACCAGUAACAAUAUUUUGUAUCUGUAGUAGCACUUAAUCCUCUUCAUGGAGCCCAUUUGAUCCUCAUGAUGUCCUUGUGAUAUAGGAAGGGCAGGGAUUACCUUCCCCAUUUUAAAGAAGGGAAAACUGAGUCCCUGAAGAGGUUAAAUUUUCAAACUGAGCUUAAGGGAAUAGAUUAUUUGCUUCCUAGCCUGGUAAUCAUACCAAAUACCUAAUGAAGAUUGAGAAUAGUGAAGAAAGAUUUAUCAUCAAUAUUAGUGAUAUUGGUGUAGAUUGGGGUAGGCCUGUGAAGUGGGUGCAGGGCGGGGGACGAUUUUAAAUAAUUGGUGAGAUAACAAGAAUCCCAUGGGGUAAGAAUGUAUAUGAGAAAACAACCAGUGCAAACUAGGAUAGUACAAGCAGGCGCCUUUGUACAGAGCAGGACUUUCUUGUAGGAAUGAAGUUGUGAGUCAGGGGCAGCAGUGGUUCUGAAUGGACAGCUCCCAAUGGUUUCUUUUGCACAUGCCUCUUGAGCCAGCAAUCUCCCCAACUUUCUCCCAGAUUGGGGUCCUAGUAAAACAGGAAUGUGGUUAGGCUGGGCCAUCACAUUCUAACAGAAAAGCCCAACCUCAGGACUGGUGACCCUUAGACUUGGGAUGGUUCGUAGAAAAAGGAGAACUCCUUAACCUCCUCCCCUCACCUGCCAGUCAACAUGGUCCAUGUUGGGUUCUAGAUGCAGUUCUUUUAGCCUUGGGGGAUUGGCUGCCAUGGUGUUCUUCACCAAGAGGUACGAUUCUAACAACAGUUUGCUCUUUUUUCUGGCUACUUCUGGGGAAAGACAACUCUGCCUGAGUUGAUUUAGACAGGCAUCUGAGCUGCCCCAAGAGGGUGAGCUCUGUUGUGUGUUCUGGUUCCCUUCCUGGACUUGUCUGAAUGUUCUUUUAGAAAGCCAUAACUCUUCUUAAAAACCUGUAUUGGUUGAACUGUGAUAUACAUAUAUACAUAUAAAUAUAUAUUUUAAAGAAAUCUAUCAGUUACUCUCAGUGACUGUCAAAAACGGGUUUGCCCUGCAGUAUGGUUUCAAGUUGAUGCAAAAAAAUCAAAAACAAAAAACUGAAACCCCAUGCAAGAAAUGUUGGGUGAGCAUAAGCUCCAGUGGAAAAAUCUGGAGCUCUCCUUUUCCUUGUCUUACCCGGUGGUGCAUACCCUAUGUGGUUCCCUUCCUGUCCUCCCCUGCUGAGUAUUUAGCCUCUGAGCCCCACAGGGAUGGGCACCCUUUUAUAUGACUCAUGUCUGAGUAGGCUCUUUGUGGCUGCAGAAAGUGAGGUUGUCACAGUGCUGGGCCCUGUGGAUUCCCACUUCCCUGCAAUCUGUCUGUCCUCAGUUUUCCCCUCCUACUCCUCAAAUGAGAGGCCUUUCCUAGUGAAGAACAGUGAAACUUGGGAUGUUUCCUUCAAUGGAAAACAAUACUCCUAUGAUGGAAGACUUUGAUCUGUUUGUGGACCCUAGACUUUUGCUAAGAAUGAACCUCUAUUUAUUAGUGUGUUUAGGGGUGAGGGAAGGCUGUGGGAAAGGGCUUAUCCCAUUUAAAGGGGGAAGGGAAGCCAUUGUGUCUAUUUUAUUUUCCUGAAGAAUUUUGUUUCCUGGAGCCAGUUUGCAAAAAUUUUCCUUUGUGAUGUUAACUCAGAGGUGUGAUCCCAAGGCUUGGUGCUGCUAAAGCCAUGCCUAAAACUGUAAUCAGGGUAUUUUUGCUUCUGUCACUGUGUUUGAAAGGCCAUUAAUUCUACCUAAUAAACUGAAUCCCAAAGUUUCAUCUGGAAA